AUGUCACUCUCAUUUGUAAUUAGGGCAUCGAAUGAUACGAAAAUACCAAUAGAAAUAAACGCAGAGAAAACUGUUUUAGAAUUGAAGGAGCAAAUCCAGUCAAUAAACUCAGACUAUCCAGCAGAUAGGCUAAGAUUGAUUUAUUCUGGAAAAGUACUCAAAGAUGAGCAACAAUUGAGCACUUACAACAUUGCAUCUGGAAAUACAGUACAUUUAGUAAAGGGCGCACCAAAAGCACCUUCUGCACCAACUCCAGCGCCAUCAACGCCUGAGAAUAACGGCGUACCAUCAACACUCGCCACUGGUGCAGGCGCUCAUGACAGCUUGAUAGAGCAGCUCGGUUCAACAAGAGUUGCAGGUGCAUUAAGCCAACAAGGUGUUGAUCUUACAUCACCAACGAUGAUGGAAGAUUUAAUGAACUCACCCGGUUUUUCAGAGUCACUCUCUAGAAUGAUGAGUGAUCCAGCUAUGCUUGAUCAAGUUUUGAGUUCUCCUCAGUUCGCUAGUCUUCCACCAGAAAGACGCGAACAUAUGAGACAAACGAUGCAGUCACCAUUCUUCCGUCAGAUGAUGAGCAAUCCAGAAACUUUGCGAAUGAUGAUGCAGAUGCAGAGAUCUAUGGGUGGUGGUCCACCUGGAGGUGGUCAAAGUUUCCCACCUCCUGGUGCGUUAGGACAGCCUCCAAAUCAACAGCAACAAGAAGAACAACAAUCACAAUCACAGGAGAAUCCAUUAGCUGGUUUACAAAAUCUUCAAAAUAUGUUAGGAGGUGCUGGUGCUGGCGGUUUAGGUGGUCUUGGUGGAUUAGGUGGAUUAGGUGGCCUUGGAGGCCUCGGAGGACUAGGAGGAUUUGGUGGAUUCGGUGCACAACCUCAAAGCAGCGAUAGUAGACCGCCAGAGGAAAGGUUCGAAACACAGUUAUCCCAAUUAGCAGGUAUGGGUUUCACCGAUGCCCAAAAGAACAUCAGAGCUUUGAUGGCAACGGGCGGGGAUGUCAAUGCAGCCGUCGAAUACCUUUUCUCAAUGUAAAUCAUUUGUCCGCGUUAAAUAAAUAAUCUAGUAUAUAUCUAUAAAGAUAUGCAUAAAUACAAUUAGCUCUUCAUUAGAUCGUAAAAAGCGGAUUGAGGGAGAUGAAUAUUUCCAACUGCCUUCAUCUUAAGUUUGGCUUUACCACGCUUUUGUUGGUUCAGCUUUUUUAGUUUUCUAUCAAAAUGACCACCAUAGAGACCUUCUGUGACAUUCAUACGCAUAGCUUUGAUUGUUUCUCUAGCUAUUGGCUUUUGUCCUAUAGCAGCUUGUAUCGCAACCUCAAAUUGCUGUUUUGGGAUAACGUCUUUGAGUUUUUUAACCCAGUGUUUACCAACUUCCAUAGAUUUUGACCGAUGUACAAUCAUGGCGAGUGCAUCAACCGGCCUGUGAUGUAUAACCAUAUUCAACUUGACAAGAUCACUAGCCACGUAAUCUGCUUGUUGGUAUUCGAAUGAUGCAUACCCACUAGUAGCGGAUUUCAAUUUUGAGUAGAAAUCAGUUACAAUUUCUGCUAAUGGUAGAUGAUAUUUGAGGUGAACUCUAGGUGGGUUUGAAUUUUCAAGGUAGUUGAAGGCAAUUUGAUCACCUCUAUGUUCUGAUAAUAAUUCUAUUACAUUUCCGAGAUACUCAUCGGGUACUAUAAUUUCAGCAUUCACGUAUGGUUCAAAUAGGGAAGACUUUCUAUUCGAUAAUUCUGAUGGUUCGGGAAAUUCUGAAGGAACUCUAAUUAUUCUCUCCUUACCAUUUUGAAUGACUUUGUAAGGCACAGUUGGUGCAGUUAUGAUAACCUCCGAAUCAUGCUCAUCUUCUAAUCUCUGCCUAAAUACGUCUAAAUGAAGCUGUCCAAGGAAACCAACCCUACAUCCUUGACCCAACGCGUUUGAGGAUUCUCUAUUUACAGUCACACUUGGAUCAUUAAGAGUAAGUCUUUUGACAUUCUCCUCUAAGCGCAUGAAAUCUUUAUUAUCGACCGGGAAAACACCAGCGAAAACCAUUGGCUUAACAGGUUGAAACCCUGGCAAAGCUUCAACUAGCAUAGAUUGCUUAUAAAUUGUAUCACCAAUAUGUGCUUCACUAGAUUCUUUCAUACCACAAACCAAGUAGCCCACUUGACCAUGUUGUAAGUGCGUCGUUGUCCUCUCGUCUGGGUUGAGUAUACCAACUUCGGUAACUGUGUAUUUACUUUUUGAAUGGUGUGAAACAAUAACAUCACCCUUCUGUACCAUUCCACUUUCCAAUUUGAUAAGCGAAACUGCACCUCUAAACUUAUCAAAAUAGGAGUCAAAGAGGAGUGCUUUGAGAGGUUGUUGACGUAAUGGUAUGUUAGAUGCUGGUGGCGGUGGAAUCUGUUCAACGAUAGCAUGCAACACACUUUCCACAUUGAGACCAGAUUUUGCUGAAAUUGGCAAAGCUAAAUCCAUAUCGAGAUCGAACUGUAAGGCUACUUGUUCAAUGACAUUCUCUGGUUCAGCAGCUGGGAGAUCUAUCUUGUUGAUAACAGGUAUAAUUUUCAGAUUCCUUUGACUUGCCAGAUCAAAUACAGAUAGCGUUUGAGCCUGUAUACCCUGUGUAGCAUCGACUAGCAAUAAUGCACCAUCACAAGCUCCUAAAGAACGACUAACUUCAUAACUAAAAUCGACGUGCCCGGGUGUGUCGAUCAAAUUAAGAAGGUAAUCGUGACCAUUGUGAUUAUAUACCAUACUAGAAGAAUUUGCUUUUACAGUUAUACCACGUUCGCGCUCAACUUCUAACUUAUCUAAAACCUGCUGAUUCUGACCAGGUUUGAUCGUGCCGGUGAGUUCCAGUAGACGAUCUGAUAAUGUGCUUUUCCCAUGAUCGAUGUGAGCUACAACAGAGAAGUUCCUUAUCCUCUCUGUAGGGAAAUCCUCUAUAUUGAUCCAUUUCGAAUGUGUAGUUGAGAAAUUGCGUUUCAGUUGCGACCUAAGGAAUGGUAGCCGAGGACUUGCCGACUUUAGUAGGAAUUUGAAGGUAAAUGACAUAAAAAUGCUAAAAGAGAAGAAAAGAAAGGAUGACGUCUAUAGUGAAUCUCUAGAAAGUGGCUGUUGAUAAGGAAGAACUGUGAGAAGAAAUAAAAAAGUAAAAAAGAUAUAAAUUGC